UAAUCUACCUAAUUAGAUUCGAUUUAUAUGUCUUGUUCUUUGAACCCAAUACCUUCCGCCCUACAUUUAAAUAAGUCAUCCCCGGCCCAGAAAAGUUAUUAGGUAUUUACAGUUAUAGUCCACUUUUCACAAAAAAAAAUAAAUAAAUAAAUAAAAAGAAGAGAGAGAAGGAAAGAAAUCCUAGAGAGAGAAAGAAGAAUCCUCCCUAUUUGACCAACUACCUUCUGCGUAUAAAAUUCCAAUUUCCCCAAAUUCACAAUUUAUAUUUAUUUGCUUAAUUUUAGUCAAAAUUUCCAACGUUUUUUCGCCCUACCUUCCACUCACCUUCAAAACCCUUUAUUUUCUUCUUCUUCUUCCUCUCAAACACACACACAAACACACAGAGAGAGUAGAGAGAGAAGAAGGUUUAGAGAGAUGGGAUUAUUGAAAGACGAGAAAGCGUUGAAGAGAGUAGUAAUAAUCGUGUUUCCCAGAUGGAUCAAAACCCUGUUUUUCCUAAUCACCAUGUUCGUCUCUCUGCUGUUGUUCUCAGCCCCAAUUCUACUAGUAAUCGCCGACGCUCUCCUCCCCUCCGCCUUCCUCUCCGCCGCAUUAUCGCCGUCGUCGCUCAAUCUCCAGACAAUCACCUCGCACCUCAACAAUUACGAUUUCCGCUACUCACUCGUCGACAUCCCCCUCGUCUCCAUCAUCCGCUCCGCCAUCAUAUUCUGUGUGUACAGUCUGUGCGACGGGCCGAAGCUGUCGAGGGGGCCGUACUUGUGGAUCGCCACCGUGUGCUCGGCGGCGUCGCUGGUGUUCGUGUCGUUGAAAGCUCCGUACGUGUUCAUGACUAGCGGCGGCGGCGGCGGCGGCGGCGGCGGCUACUCGAAGGGAGGAUACGCGAGAUCAAUGGAGGCGGCGCUGUUCGCAUCGUCGCUGGGAUUGGCCGUUGGCCACGUGGUGGUGGCUUACAGAACAAGUUGUAGAGAGAGAAGAAAGCUUCUCGUUUACAAGAUUGAUAUCGAAGCUGUAUCCGCUUGCAAAAAUGGCUUCCCUAGAUACCAGAAAAUUCUGCAAGAAGCAAGAACAAAGUGAAAAAAAUAAAUAUAAAAAAAAUGCAUUUAUAUUUAUAUAUUUUUGACAGAAUACAGUUCUCCACCAAUCAGGUUUCAGAUGUUAAUCCAAAGGAGAUCCAUUUGUAGCUUGACGAUGGCCGGGCCGAUGAACUUAAAAGAGUUAUACGGAAGAAAACGUAGAUUAGGAUUCGAUACGAACAUUUUUGUGUUACGUUAUACGUAUUAUGUCUGUAUAUAUAGUGAUCUGUAAAUACAUAUAUAUCUAGAGAGAGAGAGAGAGAAAGAGAGAGAGAUUUGUAUACAUGUGAAUUUGCAAGAACUGCUGCAGGUGUUCUCAUUUAAAUUAAUUUGUGGGAUAAUGCUAUGCUACCGCAGGGUUCGUUUAUUCAUGAAGUUAUUCAACUGUA